UGAACACACAUCAUAGUCGUUAUCAACACUCGAUGGCAGGGAUUAAUAGAACGGCACCCGAUUUCGAGGACUUAUUGCCAGCGAUGGCGGAGAAGCUGGGCAGAGACGGGCUGAUGAGGGAAUUGUGCAAUGGUUUCAAGGUGUUGAUGGACAAGGACAAAGGGGUGAUCACCGUUGCCAGCUUGAAGAGCAACGCGGCGAUGCUCGGCUUGCAAGAUUUGAGAGACGAUGAGCUCGCAAGCAUGGUGAGGGAAGGCGAUCUUGACGGAGAUGGAGCUCUCAGUGAGAUGGAAUUCUGUGUGCUGAUGUUCAGAUUAAGCCCCGGAUUGAUGGAAGAGUCCCACUUAUUGUUCGAAGAAAUGCUCGAACAAGAGCUCAAUAGUUAAUAUGAUGCAUAGUUUAAUAUUGGUAAAGGAGUUAAAUGAUCUUCUCUUUUAUUGUCAAAUGCAACUCUGUUUCUUCCUCCGGUCUACAAUUAUUAUCUUCUCCUUGUGUGUAUUCAUUACU